GACCAAUUCGUGGUGUGGAGGCAGUCAUGGCCAAAGACUUUUACGCACAAGUCGAGCACCGUAAAGCAUCAUAAUUUGGGCUUUAUAAGCCUGACUUUUGAGUGAGUAAGGAAUCGGAGGGAAAGCAAUGGCGGAAGAGGGACAAUUAAUCAACUGCCAGACUUUUGCUUCAUGGAACGAGCAGCUCCAUGCAGCAAACGCCUCAAUGAAACUGGCGGUGGUAAGUUUCACAGCUUCAUGGUGCGGGGCAUGCCGUUUCAUUACACCCGUCGUUGUAGAGCUUGCUAAGAAGCUGCCCGAUGUCAUAUUCUUGAAGGUGGAUGCGGAUGACUUGAAGACCGUGACUCGAGAUUUUGCCGUGGAGGCAUUGCCUACUUUUAUCUUUAUGAAACAAGGCAAAAUAGUUGACAAAGUUGUGGGGGCAAGGAAAGAUGAAUUGCAGCAGAAAAUAACCUUACAUAUGUUGAAAGCAUGAAUCAACUUCAAUUACUCUUCGAAUUCUGCAAGUUGUUUCUGAAACUAGAAUUUAACUUAUAGAUCUUAUACGUAUCUGUCUCUCAGAUACGAAAAUUAUGUUCUUGUAUGUCUUGUUCGAUACUUUCAUAUGUGCUUGUAGUUCUUAGUAUGAACAUCAAACUCGAAAUUGCUUGUAUAUACCUACUACACCAAUCUAUUUAUAUGUUUCAAAAGGCUGUCAUAUAA